AGUGCAACCUCCUCCUCUAAUCCUUUUCAAUUCAUCUUGAGAAGUAGGUGGAACUGCCAGAUCUAUUACUCGCGUUGCGGGAAGUUUGCUCAAGCAGAAAAUACUUCAGUGCUACAACCAUGCAAGUACCAAGUUUGGUGUUCUGCUAUCUCCUGUCUAUUUGCGUUAUAAAAUGUUCCAGGGUUACACUGGUCAAUAAUGGAUACCAAGACAUUGUAUUUGCAAUAAAUCCCAGUGUCCAAUAUAACGACAAGCUUAUUGAAAGCAUUCAGGAAAUGGUGACUGAAGCCUCGAACUACCUCCACCAAGCGACGAAAUAUCAACUUUACUUCUCAGAUGUAAAAAUCCUGCUGCCUGCUUCCUGGGCACUGAAUUCGAGCCUGGUUCAAAGUCGAACUCAUGAAUCAUACGAGAAGGCUGAUGUGAUCAUUGCUGAAUCAUACCUUAAACAUGGAGAUGCACCAUACACCCUGCAAUAUGGCGGAUGUGGCGAGAUGGGUCGGUACAUUCAUUUCACCCCAAAGUUCAUUCUAAACGAAAAAAUUACCUCGGUUUAUGGUCCAAAAGGUAGAGUAUUGGUUCAUGAAUGGGCUCGUUUUCGCUGGGGUGUAUUUAAUGAACAUAAUGAUCUGAUUCCAUUUUACAAAUCCAGCAAUAGAACUUCUGAAUGUAUAAAUAUAAGCAUGUGCAGUUUUCUAAUUAUUAUUUUGACUUUCAGAUGUUCUCUCAGCAUAAGGGGAAUGACUGCUGAAUGUAAUGGCAGUUUGUGUUCCUUGUGUACCAUUGAUAAAAGCACAGGAUUACCUAACAAGGAAUGUCAGUUUUUCCCUGAGAAAAAUCAGAUGUCAUCAUCUUCAAUUAUGUAUUUACAGGGAUUACCGAAUGUGGAUAAAUUCUGUGAUAACACCACUCACAAUCCUGAAGCACCAAACAUGCAGAACAAAAUGUGCAAUUAUAAGAGCACUUGGGACGUGAUCAGCAAGUCGGAAGAUGUUCAAAACAUUUCUUCACCCCACAAUGGUUCAGUUAAACCAAAUUUCACACUUCUACAAGCCAAAAACCGCGUGCUUUGCUUAGUUCUUGACGUCUCAGGAAGCAUGUCAUCGCGGAAUCGCAUUGACAGGCUCCGACAAGCAGCCGAGAUAUUCUUGCAGCAGAUUGCUGAGACAGGAUCACAAGCUGGAAUUAUCACUUUCAACUACUCUGCGAGCAUUCAAACGCAUUUAAAAAUGAUUGUUAGUGAUAUCACAAGAGAGGAACUUGUAAAGCUGUUACUGGCAAGAGCUUAUGGAGGAACAAGCAUUUGUGCAGGAAUUCGGUCUGGCUUUGAGGUACUUCGUGGAGAUGACAAUGCUACGAAGGGGGAUGAAAUCAUUUUACUGACAGAUGGAAUAGAUCAACAAAUAAGCAGUUGCUUCCAAGAAGUAGAAGAAAGUGGAUCUGUAAUCCACACUAUUGCGUUAGGGCCAACCGCAGCUAAAGAAUUAGAAGAGCUCUCAGCUAUGACAGGAGGCUUACAGUUUGCAGCAACUGAUAACCUGAACACAAGUGGAUUAAUUGAUUCUUUCACGGGAUUAGUAUCUGAAAAUGGUGACAGCAGCCAACAGACAAUCCAGCUUGAAAAUGCAGGAAUAAACAUUGACAAGAACACUUGGUUGAAUGGUACUGUCAUUAUCGAUAAGUCUAUUGGCAAUGACACAACCUUUGUGGUUACCUGGGAGGCACAGACUCCUGAUGUAUUUGUGUAUGACCCGAAUGGAACGAUAUACAAUAACGAUGACUUUAAAAUUAAUCAGACUGUGCACAUAGCUCGACUUAAGAUUAAGGGCACAGCACAGACUGGACCCUGGAUCUACAGCAUUCUGAAUCUUGGAGGUGACCAGGUUAUAACAGUCACAGUAACAUCCCGAGCAGCAGAUGCAAACAUUCCUCCAAUCAAAGUUACUGUGCAUAUCAGCAGAAAAGAUUCCACAAACCCCAUGAUUAUUUAUGUGGAAGUUAGUCAUGGAUUUCUACCAGUCCUGUAUGCAAAUGUAACAGCUAUUAUUGAACGGCCUAGUGGCCCUCCAGUUGGACUGCAGCUUUCUGAUGAUGGCUUAGGCGCUGAUAUUGUCAGAAAUGAUGGGAUUUAUUCAAAGUAUUUCCUCAGCUUAAAUGAAAGGGGAAGAUACAGCGCUAAGGUGCGUGUGCAGGGAAGCGAAGGCACUACAAGGAUAACAUUCACAACAGAGGGACAAGCCAUGCCAAUACCGGGAUACUCGGAAAACGUCAGAAACCCGUCCGCACUCGCACCAGACUCAAGGAUGUUCCCAUGGCAUGACUUCCCCGCAACACCGAGACCACUGCAAUCACGGUUUGAUGAGGUAAGCAGGACUGAACAGGUACAUGCCUUUCUAUUCUAUUCAGGAAAUAUUGAGGUAAUUCCACAACAGCCUCUGGUUAAUAAAACAGAUCUGGAUGGCAUAUCAGGAGACUUCAACAGGGUUCAAGCAGGAGGAACAAUUUCAGUUCCCUCGGGGACAUCCACUAUUGACUUUCCACCAUGUAAAAUCACAGACUUUCAAGCAACAAUAGUUAAAAAUAAAAUUGAGCUGGAAUGGACAGCGCCAGGAGGAGACUAUGAUCAAGGAUCAGGUAAUUGUUGUUGGGCUUGUAAAGAUGCUUAUAAUGAUUUUUUUCCCUUUUCAGAAUAUUAUAUAAAUACAAACAUUAAUAUCCAAUUUUUUUAUUUCCUUUUUGUAGCAUCUCGUUACGAGAUGAGAAUGAGUAAAAACCUGCUGCAGCUAAGGGACUACUUCUCCAAAGCUUCAUUGGUUAAUCUGACUGGCAUGCAUCCUCAACCGUACGGCUCAAGGGAUGUGGUGCGAAUUACUCCUGAGAAUCAAUACAUCCAAAAUGGUACAACAAUCUACUUUGCUGUGCGUGCAUAUGACGAAGGCAAUCAGUCAUCAGAAGUGUCAAAUAUAGCCAGGGUAUCUUUCUUUGUGCCAAAAGUGGAACCUAUAGUGGAACCUAUAGUGGAACCUGUAGUCAAACCAAAUUAUGAUUAUACACCGCAAAAGGCUUGGAUUGCAGCAGUUGUCGUAGGUAUUGUGUGUUUGGUUGUUGGGCCGAUAAUUUGUAUUGUGCAUGGAAUAGUGCCUAAGAAAGUUUCUGUAGGAUCAUAGUAUUUACCAUAUAACCAUAUAACAAUUACAGCACGGGAACAGGCCAUCUCGACCCUUCUAGUCCGUGCCGAACACGUAUUCUCCCCUAGUCCCAUAUACCUGCGCUCAGACCAUAACCCUCCAUUCCUUUCCUGUCCAUAUAACUAUCCAAUUUAUUUUUAAAUGAUAAAAAUGAACCUGCCUCCACCGCCUUCACUGGAAGCUCGUUCCACACAGCCACCACUCUCUGAGUAAAGAAGUUCCCCCUCAUGUUACCCCUAAACUUCUGUCCCUUAAUUCUCAAGUCAUGUCCCCUUGUUUGAAUCUUCCCUACUCUCAGUGGGAAAAGCCUAUCCACGUCAACUCUGUCUAUCCCUCUCAUCAUUUUAAAGACCUCUAUCAAGUCCCCCCUUAAUCUUCUGCGCUCCAAAGAAUAAAGCCCUAACUUGUUCAACAGCAACUUGUUUUCAGCAGCAAUGGUUAACAUGCAUAUAACAGUUAAAGUGAAUGAAAAUCAUAACACUUUAUUAGGUUGUAGUUGAAACACCUGAAGAAUGAAUUGGAAAGGGUGAGAUGACAAAUAUUCGAGGGGAAUUCUCCAAAACAUACUACAUAUGCUUGUAUUUGCUAAUCAAUUUGCACAAUCAUUGUGUAAAUUUGCAGACGUUUUCAUUCUCUCUUUGUAAACUAUCUUGUUGUCAUCCAGGAUAUGAAGGACAGGAUUGCAUAAAACCAUGGCUCAUUUCUUUGCAUUUAUAUAUCCUUACAAGUGCGGAAUAACAGCUAUUUAAUCUGUUGUACACUGUUAAAAUAUUGUUUACAAUAAAAGCA